CGUCUGUCCAUUCUCCUUCACCUCCCAGGCUCCCACCCACCCCUCCUCUCUCAUCCGCAUCCACUCCGCCUCCGCCUCUGCCCAAUUCCCGUCGCGCCGCCUUGCUUAUCCUGCUUCCAUUUAGCAGCAGUGAUCCUGCUUCCGACAGGGGCAGUGAUCCUCAUCUCGCCUCCCCAUUUGUUCACCAAUCACCAGCAUCGUCGCAUCCUUCCCGACACAUCGCAUCGCAUCGCAUCGCUUCGCAGCGCGUCGCUCACACUCUCACUUCCUCCUUUCUCGUGGUCGAUCGCGUCGCUUUUUUCCCAUCAACAUCUUCAACUUUCCACGUCAGCAGCAGUGGCUCGAACGCCGCGACGCGACCGUGUGAUUGUGAAAUCAGGCAAAUUCGAGUCCCAUCCUAUCCUAUCCGUCAGCUCUUAUAACUCCUCCCUCUUUUCUUACUCAUUUCGCACAAUCCCGCUCUCUCUCCUCUCGCCUGUUCCUCGCCUGUUCCUCGCCUGUUCCUCGCCCGGUACUCACGCGACCGAACAAUCUAGCCCAUUUCGCCAUUUGCACCAUUCUAGGCGCCUCAAUUCUAGUAGAUGCCACUUGCGAUCGUUCAGUAAGCGCCACCUUUCGCGUCGUCCUCCCUUAUAGCGGAACCGUUAGUGGCAUCAGUUUCGUUAUAGCGCUCUCGAAGCUCCUCUCUUCUAGCAGGAAUCAACUAGAGCAAUUGACUAGUCUUGACUGGUCUUGACUAGUCAACCUCCUAUUCAUAUACGAAUCUUUUCAUCGCCCUUAGCAGCGCGCUUGGUGUCACCCGUGCUAGCGCGCUUAGCACACGGACCCAUGGCUGCUCGCGCCGCGUCUGUGGGUCCUCUAACAGCGGUCCGGCCGUCGCCGUCGCGCGCCGCUGCCGCCCCCUUCUCGUCUACUGGUUCACGAGUCGCUCCGCCGUUUGAGACGCCUCAAAAGCAGCCCGCGCCGUUUUUCCACUGCAGCGUCAACGCCCCUGCGCGCCUCUGCGCGCCGUGUUCCCCUCCUGGCGGAGCUUUCUCCGCGCGCAUCACCCGCACCUGCGCGCGCCUUCGCCCCAUCCCUGCAGCUGCGCCUUCCGUCGCAUCCGGCCCCACUGCGCCGACUGCAACCAUUGCCGCCGCCACCGCCGCCGCUUCCGCCACCUCCGCCGCCUCCGCCGCCGCCGGAACCGCCGCGGCGGCCAUCGCGACUGCCGUGGCGGCUCUAGACCUGGAGGCGCAAUCGACGCCGCAAAAUGCGCCGCAAAAGGCGCCACAAAUGGCGCCGCAAACUCCGCCUGCAACUGCGCGACUUACGAUAACCGCGAGGAGCCAAGUGGGGGUGGACGAACCGCCGCUGCUGCUGCGCGCGCGGUUAACGGAGCGGCCUAUACCGGGACAGGCGAGGUGGCAGCCGCCCCCGGGGCAGCCGACCCGUUGCUUCUUGCCACGCCCGCUGACGUACAGCUCUAACCUUGCUGACGUGGACCCCGAUGAGGUGGCGCACGUGUGGCAUCGGACGCUCAAGGUGGAGAGGGAGGCGAGCAAGGUCUUGAAGGCCAUGCGCCACAGCUACUCGAUCGUGGUGGUGAUGGACGAGUCUCAGCGCAGCCUCUCAGGCGAACGUGGCAAGACGAUUGGAGUGGGCAGAGCAAUUUCCGAUGGGUCCUUCGUGGCGACCAUCUGUGACGUGGCCGUUCUUCCAGAGUAUCAGCAGAAAGGGGUGGGCAGGCGAAUCGUCAGGAAGCUCAUUCAGGACAUGCAACGGAGGGGUCCUAGUGGCUUUGCAGUCUUCCCCCCUCCCCUCGCGCGCCGCUUCUUCUGGAUGAUGGGCUUCAGGUACGAGCGCAAGUACAGCCUGAUGGCCUACCAUGGCCAGCUCAUGGAGCCCGUGCCCGAUACUGCCUCUGCCUCCGCUGGCGCUGCUGCUGCUGCUGCUGCUGCGGCGGCGGCUGCUUCUGCGGCUGGCAAUGCCGUUGCUGGUGUGUUGUCCUCUCUGGGUAGGAUCGGAGGAGGGGGAGAGGAGACGCAUGGGGGGGAAGAGGGGCAAGUGUAAGGGAAACCUAGGUGUGGUGUUGGUGGUAUAGUGGGUUAGGGAGGGAAGCAGCAGCAGCAGUUGGUGGCGCUGGUGGUGGUGGUGGGUGUUGAGUGACCCGCUGGGGUUGCCCUUGAGAUCCUCGGGGAAGGGCCACAGGUGCAGAGCCUGGGGGGCUAUGGGCGCACUUACCCGCUAUUCAACUAGCCCUUUUAACCCAGUGGUUAGUGGCUGGGUUUCUGACAGUGGGCCAGUGGAGUGAGAAAUUGCGAGAGGGGACAGAAAAAGGUAGCUCUAAGUUAUGGGAGGGGUGUGUGGUUCAGCAUCACUUUGUGCAUAUGCAGAGUAAUCAAGGGCAGAUAUUACGGCAGUAGGUGGGGUAUGAAAGGUGUAUAGUGGUGGUUACAUAUGGUAAUGGUGACUUGACAAUGUGGUUUGUGGUAUCAAAGUUAACGAAUGACUAGAACCAUGGCAUACCAGGGAAUAUAACCUAGUGGGUUGUACUCUCUAAGGCACAACCUUGUGUAGUCUAUAACAACAUACAAGGAUAUAGCGGUGUUAGAAUGAGAACUGAAUGAUUGAGUAGAGAGAGAGUACAGGUGAAUAUACCUAAGUGUUGUACCCUCUAAGAGGUGGCC